AUCGUCCUGGCUUUCCGUCCACUACCAACGAGAUCGCUCCUGGUCGCCUGACAAACCACGUAUCUCUGUUCCUAAUGAACGACUUGGUGAAUAGUCUGCGCAGUUUAAUUUCGCUGUUUUUUUCAUCAUCCUCCCACCUUUGAUUUUUUUUCAUCAUCCUCCCAACUCCGUUAACUCGCAACCCUCAAAAACCACCCCCACGCACGAACCACUCCCCUCCCUCUCCUCGCGCAAGCAUCCUCUCCUCGUACCCUCGCAGCAGCUAGGGUUCCUGCGCCGCCGCCACGACCAGCCCAACGUCCUCCGGAUCGUCGCCGCCCCUCUCCGGAUCGCCGCCAUCACCGCCGCGGAUCGCCACCUUCGCCGUCGGAAUCGCUGCCAACGUCUCGUCGCCCCGGAUCACCGCCGUCGCCGGGCCAUGGCGGUGGAGGUCGACAGCACCUGGAAGCGCGGGGCGGCGGCCUUCCUGGACGACCCCUUCGAGGUGCUGCAGGCGAAGCGGGGCCGGUGCUCACCGUCCGCCACCGCGGCCUCGGUUGCCGACCUCGGCAUCAACAUGCAGUUCGACCCCGUCGAGGCGCUCCAGUCCGUCUUCCCCGGCGCCGAUCCGCAGGUGACCCAGAAGUUCCCUUUCAUCAACAGUUACAGAGUGUUUAGAGUUCCGAGCUCUGUCGUCGUCGGCAGCCUUGUGAAAUGCCAACUGGUCGUCGCUUCUUUCAGUGCUGACGGGAAACACGUAGAUGUUACUGGACUGCAAUUACCCGGCAUGCUGGAUGACAUGUUUGCAUACACAGGACCGCUCGGUGCGAUUUUCAGCGAGGACUCUGUGAGCCUGCACCUUUGGGCUCCUACAACACAGGAUGUGAGUGUGUGGUUCUUAGAUGGUCCGCCGGCCCUGCUCUAGAGACAGUGCAGCUCAAGGAGUCAAAUGGUGUUUGGAGCGUUACUUGACCAAGAGAGUGGGAAAACCGAUAAUAUUUGUAUGAAGUUGACGUGUAUCAUCCAACUAAGGCACAAAUUCUGAAAUGUUUAGCUGGUGACCUUUAUGCUAGAGGGUAUGUGGCUGCGCGUAUUUCAGUUAUGUAGUUCAGGGAGAGGAACUUUCCGCAGAAGAAAAAAGUUCAGGGAGAGGAAGAAACUAGCUUGUUGUUUAUUUGAUCAGCCUUUCUGCAAAUGGAGCGUGGACCUGGUUGGUUGACAUUAACAAUGAAACAUUGAAGCCAGCUUCCUGGGAUGAAUUGGCCGAUGAGAAGCCAAAACUUGAUUCCUGCUCUGACAUAACCAUCUACGAAUUGCACAUUCGUGAUUUUAGGUAAAUUGUGCUGCUUGAUUUACACAACUAAAAAUCUGGCAGGGUUUAUGCAUAUUCAUCUUUGGAACUUACCUGUCUGUUUCCUGUGCUUUUCAAUUAUAGUGCCCAUGAUGGCACAGUGGACAUUGACUCUCGUGGAGGAUUUCGUGCAUUUGCAAACUAGGUCUCCAGAGUUGAUUUACUAGAUGUAUUGCAUUGCCUUUUUUCAACAGUAUCUCAUGCUGAUCGCAUUUUGGAACCUGUGGUACAUGCCUCAGUAGGAAUGUUUAACUCAUGUGCAUUUGUUGCCAAGCUUUCAUUUUGCUGGCGUUGAUGACAUUAAGAGCAACUGGAAAUUUUUCGGUAAGGAAUUUUUUUCUCUUUAUAAAAGGUGGUAAGGCACUUUUGACUUUUGCUAGAUGUCUAUCAUUUUUUUGUUGGAUAGCAAUGAGUGACAACUACUUAUAAGUACUUGGUUUAAACUGCACCUCUUCAUUUUCGUCUCAUUUACUUCAGAUUGACUUAUUUGGCUAUACGGAACUUCAUUUACUCUGGCAGAUGAGUGUGAACUACUACCUCUCUCUCGGUUUACAGGGCAUGCACGUAUCUCCAGGUCGUCAAUUUGACCAACCUAAUAUAAAUCAUAUAUUAUAAAAAAUAUACCAACAUAAACUUCAGAGUUUCUACUUUCAAAAGAUAUAAUUUUUGUGUUAUCUAGUUUAUAUUAGGGUGAUAAAAUUGGCAACCUAGGCAUACGCGUAGGACUUGUAAACUGAAACGGAGGUAGUAGCAACAUUCCCUCCAGGAUCAGAUAUGCAACAAGCAGCAGUAGUAGCUAUUUGGGAAGAGGACCCUUUUAAUUGGGGGUAUUCAUUUCACACUUCUUUUUCCCUCAAACAUUCCUGAUACUAAUGUAUCAUGGUGGUGUUAAUAUCGGAAAGUUAAUUAUGUUCUUGCGAGUAAAAUAUUCUUACAUAUGGCCAUAUUUAUGCUAAAGGUAUGACUCUGUGCUUUGGAAGGUU